GUACAGCCAGAUACAAACAAUACUCAUUCGUAGCUUUGCAAAAACUGUCUGUAUAAAUUUGUUUACUUGUUUGUUUUAGUGUAUAAAAAUUGACUUAUAAACUCAGAACAAUUGAAAAGCGUUAAAAAAUAGUAAAGUCACAACUGCCCAGUGAGAAAAGAGAAAUGUACUUACAAUUACUAUUAGGUCUGCUUGCGGUAUCUUCGAUGCCGGCAAUUGGCGGUCGACCACUGUCUGACACCGUAUACCUUGCGGUAGGCACAUCAAUUGAUAUAACCGCAAACAGCUAUGGCAAAAAUGUGCUGCGUACGUUCUGCUAUCCGGGAAAAUCACGCUCACUAUUCAGCCUAUUUGAGACGGUGGAGCUAAUACUCUCCAUAGAUAGUGAUGACUACUCUGAAUAUGGCGGGCGUUCGCCCGACGAAGUACUUGACCACUACAAUGAAAAGCGUUCGCUAUUUAGCCUCACGCUCUUCUCACAAAAGCGCCAAAACAUUCAGAUGUCCCCGUUUGAGCAGCAGUGCAUCGGCGUUUCCUCUAAUCAGCCAUACAACAUCAGCCUAAGGCACGUAAAUGUAGAUAUGUGGCGCGUGGUACAGCUGGCCCUUGGCAUGGCGCUCUUCUGGAGCGCCAGUCGUUUGGCCAAGAACAACGUCUUCUACUAUUUGGCCGGUAUGGUGCUAGGCAUUUGUGCCUCGUUACUAGUAAUCAUUGCUAUCACAGCCAAGCUUUUUCCGCGACGACCCAUGAUGUACGGCGUACUAAUCGGUGGAUGGACUAUCGGACUUUACAUACUCAAACAGCUAUCGGAUAACAUUCGGGUUAUAUUGGUCACCUAUCGCGAAUAUGUGCUCUGGUAUUUGGCGAUAACUGGGCUGGUGUCGUUUCUGGUAUGCUAUCGCAUCGGACCGCCCAAGAAUCCGCGCUCGCAGAACAUUAUCAUGUGGGUGCUACAGGCAGUUGGCGCUGCAAUCGUUUAUUUCAGCAGCUGGCAUACUAGUGCCUGCGUGGUGCUGCUGGUGCUCACCUUUAUAGCCCAUUAUUGUCCGGAGUCGGUGCAGAAAUACGCACACAGCAUUUAUAGACGCCGCUUUCCACCCAAACGACGCCUGCUUACACAGGAGGAAUACUAUGAACAGGCUGUCAAUGAGACGGCACGGUCUCUGGCUGAACUGCGUGACCAUGUCAAUAGUCCGCACUGUCGUCAAUGGAGUAUUAUAAGCUCGUUACGCGAUCCGAUGCGCUUUGCAUCCUUUGCAAAUGGUGCACCUCAUUUGUAUGAUGAAGAGAUCGAGGAUUACUCGCGGACCAUUGAGGACUCCCUGGAAGGCGCUGACGAGGAUGAGGUUGGUGACUAUCUACACUCCAACAUGUACUACCGACCCACAGGAAGGCGCCCCAAUCAACAGCUCUCUGCACCCAUGCCGCCCUCAUACCCAGUACAUCCCUUGCCACAGGGCAGACAGCUUAACAACAACCAUGACGACGACGACGAGGACAAUGAUGAAGAUGAUAAUGACGAUGACGAGUUUAUGGAUCAGGAGUAAAUCAAGCCAGACUUAAAUACACAAGACUCAAUAGUUUAUAAAAUUCAGGAAGUUUAGUUACCUAGUCGAGGCCAAAAAAUAUGUUUCCUUAGAAUCCUUUUUUUUUUUAGCUUGAUAUUUAAAUUACUGGUAGUGGACCAUGGACCAACAACCAUAACGACAACGACGGCGACAAAGACGAGGACAAUGAUGAGGAGUAUAUGGAUCAGGAGUAAAUCAAGCCAGACUUAAAUAAACAAGACUCAAUAGUUUUUAAAAUUCAGAAUGUUUAGUUACCUUGUCGAGGCCAAAAAAUAUGCUUGCUUAGAGCACUUUCUUAAAUUCUUGCUGGUGUAUGAAGAGAUAUAUAUACAUAUUUAUUAUUUAUAAUCCGUAUAUACGUCAAUACAUAAAUCCACCUUUCACUGCACAGUCAAACAUCAGUACGACAACAGACGAGGAAUAGGAGUAAAUUAUGGGAGACUUAAAUAAACAAAAAACGAGUUAAUAAAAUUCAGAGAGUUCAGUUAACUAACCGAUGCCAAAA